UAGUGAAGAAAGAAUCACAGAGAAACGAAAAAUGGCGGACUCAUCAUCAUCGUCGUCGUCAACAACAGCAACGAAGCUCGCUGUGAAGACCGACUUGGAGAUAGAAGAACUACUGGAUCGGAUGCUGACCUCUUUGGCUCUCUGCGACGAUUCCAAGUUGGAACCCUUGCUCUCCAAAGUUCUUCCCUUCUGCAUCUCCUCCCUCUCCUCUCAAUCUCUCUCCGUUCGCAACAAGGUUCUUGAGAUUUUGAGUCACGUAAACAAAAGAGUGAAGCUCCAGCCUGAUAUUGGUUUGCCUUUGUCUGAGUUAUGGAAAUUGUACUCAGAAUCUGGUGCUACCCCUAUAAUAAGGAACUUCUGCGUUGUGUAUAUAGAGAUGGCUUUUCAGCGUGUUAAUGCAAAGGAAAAGGAAGAUUUGGCACCUAUUCUCUUGGAGAACAUCGCAAAACUUCCUCCCCAACACCAGGAAAUUAUACUUAGAAUCAUUGUUAAGGUAAUUGGUGAAUGCCACUCUAGUCAUAUUGGUGAUGAAGUUGCUGCAAAGUAUAAAAAAGUGGAUAAUUCUCAAGAUAGGGAGCUGUUUAUUGAGUUUUGUCUUCAUACAAUGUUGUAUCAGCGGGUGUCUCAAAGUAGUGGAUUCCCUCUUGGACUUUCCGUUGCUCAAGCCAAUCGUGUUACAGGGAAACAACAGUUGCAAAAUGAUGAACUUUUACGAAGAAAGUUGGGUAUUUUGAAUGUCAUUCAAGCUAUGGAGCUUGCCCCAGAGCUUGUUUAUCCUUUGUAUAUUGCUGCCUCUGUAGAUUGUGAAGAGCCUGUUGUUAAGAGAGGCGAGGAGCUUUUAAAGAAGAAGGCCAGUGGUGCUAAUUUAGAUGAUUUAAAUCUGCUCAACAGACUCUUUUUGCUAUUUAAUGGUACUUUUGGAGUUGAGCAGGUUGAUUCAGAAUCAAGAAUCAGUCCUGGGAGUCCUGCUUUAAAGGCAAAAUUAAUGUCUAUAUUCUGCCGGUCUAUUGCAGCAGCAAACAGUUUCCCAUCCACAUUGCAGUGCAUUUUUGGUUGCAUCUAUGGGAGUGGUACCACUUCAAGGUUGAAGCAGUUGGGAAUGGAGUUUACUGUGUGGGUAUUUAAGCAUGCAAAAAUUGAUCAGCUUAAGUUAAUGGGUCCUGUUAUUUUGAGUGGAAUUAUGAAGUCCCUUGACAAUUAUUCAAGUUCAGAAGCAGAUGCUAGUGCUCGGGAGGUCAAAACUUAUGCUUAUCAGGCAAUUGGGUUGCUUGCGCAGCGCUUGCCUCACCUCUUCAGGGAAAAGAUUGACAUGGCUGCUCGUAUUUUUCACGCAUUGAAAACUGAAUCCCAGUCUCUUCGUUUUGUUGUUCAAGAAGCAACAAUAUCUCUUGCUGCAGCUUACAAAGUAGCCCCAUUGGCUGUGUUACAAGAUUUGGAGACGCUUCUGCUAAAAAAUUGUCAAAUGGAGGAAAGUGAAGUACGAUUUUGUGCUGUAAGAUGGGCAACAUCUUUGUUUGAUUUUCAACAUUGCCCGAGUCGUUUUAUUUGUAUGCUUGCAGCUGCAGAUUCUAAAUUAGAUAUCAGAGAAAUGGCACUUGAAGGCCUUUGUCUUCUUAGAAAUGAAAGUCAAACUGUUGGUCUUAAGUAUCCCAAACUUGGAAUGAUGCUGGAUUAUGUUAUUAGACAACAGCCAAAGAUUUUAGAGUCCACCGAAAUUAGAGAACAAAACCUCCUUCUUCCUGCUAAUACAUAUGUGGCCAUGAUUAAAUUUUUGUUGAAGUGCUUUGAGUCAGAGUUGGAGCAGAACAAGUCCUUAGAAGGAUCAUCUGAAUUUCUGUCUUCAGUGAAGAGAUUAUGCUUGUUCCUAGAUCAUUCUAUGUUAUUUGAAGGCUCUGUUGAAAUGCACGUGAAUGCUUCCAAUGCGUUACUUAUAAUUGGAUCACAUAUGCCAGAGGUGGUAGCAUCACAUUACGCACUAAAAGUUUCAUGGCUUGAGCAUCAACUAAGUCAUGUGGAUUGGGACACUCGUGAAUCGUUUGCACGCUUACUUGGAAUUGUGUCUUCUUCUCUUCCUAUCCCUGAAUCUUCUGCUGUUAUUUCUAAAUUGACUUCCUUAUUCAGCCAAACACACAAGUCAAGGUUUGAGACUCAGCAUGGUGCGCUUUGUGCAAUAGGAUAUGUAACUGCAGACUAUUUGUCCAGAGCACCUUCUAUGCCAGAAAUAUUGCUCCAGAACACACUUAGAUGCCUGGUUGAUGUGGUUAAUUCUGAAACUUCUGCGCUGGCUUCUGUUGCAAUGCAAGCACUAGGUCAUAUUGGACUGCGUAUUUCAUUACCCCCACUUGAUGAUUCUAAUUCAGAUGGAAUUCUGGUUAUUUUAUGUGAUAAAUUGAGCAAGCUUCUCUCGGGUGAUGACAUCAAAGCAAUACAGAAGAUUGUUAUAUCCAUUGGACAUAUAUGUGUAAAAGAAACAUCGUCUACUCAGCUAGAUAUAGCCCUAAAUUUGAUUUUCAGUCUUUGUCGAUCUAAGGUUGAAGAUAUUCUCUUCGCUGCAGGGGAGGCUCUUUCUUUUUUGUGGGGUGGUGUUCCUGUCAAUGCUGACAUAAUUCUCAAAACUAACUAUACUUCACUGUCAAUGGCUUCAAAUUUUUUGAUGGGAGAUUUGGACUCUUCUGGGCCAAAGCAGCAUAGUAGUGGACAAAGUGAAUAUAGUGAAGAUUAUCAUGCUUCUGUGAGAGAUGCAAUUACCAAAAAGCUCUUUGAUGUUCUUUUGUAUAGUAGCAGGAAAGAAGAGCGAUGUGCCGGAACUGUCUGGCUAGUAUCAUUAACAAAGUACUGCGGCAAUCAUCCUACUAUUCAGCGAAUGCUUCCAGAAAUUCAGGAGGCUUUUUCCCACCUUCUUGGUGAGCAAAAUGAACUCACACAAGAGUUGGCUUCUCAGGGCAUGAGUAUUGUGUACGACAUUGGAGAUGAAUCUAUGAAAAAGAAUUUGGUGAAUGCACUUGUGAAUACAUUGACUGGGUCCGGGAAACGAAAAAGAGCCAUCAAACUUGUUGAAGACACAGAAGUAUUUCAAGAUGGAGCUCUUGGUGAAAGUGUUAGUGGAGGAAAAAUGAAUACUUACAAAGAGUUGUGUAGCUUAGCAAAUGAGAUGGGACAACCGGACUUAAUUUAUAAGUUCAUGGAUCUAGCUAAUUAUCAAGCUUCUCUGAAUUCGAAGAGGGGUGCUGCUUUUGGCUUCUCUAAAAUAGCAAAACAAGCUGGGGAUGCUCUUAAGCCACAUCUACGUUCAUUAAUUCCAAGGCUUGUACGCUACCAGUAUGAUCCUGAUAAAAAUGUGCAGGAUGCAAUGAUACAUAUAUGGAAGUCACUAGUGGCUGACUCAAAGAAAACAAUUGAUGAAAACUUAGAUCUCAUCAUUGAAGAUUUACUAGUACAAUGUGGAUCCAGGCUUUGGCGGUCACGUGAGGCAUCAUGUCUCGCCCUUGCAGAUAUUAUUCAAGGACGAAAGUUUUUUGAGGUUGGAAAGCAUCUAAAAAGAUUAUGGUCAGGAGCAUUUCGUGCAAUGGACGACAUAAAGGAAACUGUCAGAAUUUCUGGUGAAAAAUUAUGCCGUUCUGUAACUUCGUUGACAACAAGGCUCUGUGAUGUCUCUCUAACUGACAUGUCCGAUGCACACAAAGCAAUGGAUAUUGUUUUACCUUUUUUGCUUGCAGAAGGUAUAUUAAGUAAAGUUGAUAGUGUCCGGAAGGCAUCAAUUGGAGUUGUUAUGAAGCUUACAAAGCAUGCUGGAACUGCAAUUCGUCCUCAUAUGUCUGAUUUAGUGUGCUGCAUGCUUGAAAGUUUAUCAAGCCUAGAAGACCAAGGGCUCAAUUAUGUCGAGCUUCAUGCUGCAAAUGUUGGAAUACAGUCAGAGAAGCUUGAAAGUUUGAGAAUUUCCAUUGCCAAAGGCUCUCCUAUGUGGGAGACCUUAGACUCAUGCAUAAAAGUUGUUGAUGCAGAAUCAUUGGAGAAAUUGAUCCCACGGCUUGCUCAUUUAGUGCGGUCUGGAGUGGGCCUUAACACUAGGGUUGGUGUUGCCAAUUUUAUUACCUUGUUGCUUGAAAGUGUUGGUGUUGACAUCAAGCCAUAUGCAAAUAUGCUGGUGAGAUUAUUGUUUCCAGUUGUUAAGGAGGAAAAAAGUACUACUGCAAAACGUGCCUUUGCAAGUACCUGUGCAAAAGUCUUAAAUUACAUAGCAGCAUCACAAGCCCAAAAACUUAUUGAGGAUACUGUAGCUCUGCAUGCUGGUGACAAGAAUUCUCAAAUUGCAUGUGCAUUUCUCUUGAAGAGCUAUUCAUCCAUGGCAGCAGAUGCUGUUGGUGGAUAUCAUACAGUUAUCAUUCCAGUUGUUUUCCUUUCAAGAUUUGAAGAUGAUAAAAAUGUUUCCAGCCUAUUUGAAGAACUAUGGGAAGAAUAUACAAGUGGGGAACGGAUCACCCUCCAUUUAUACUUAGGAGAAAUUGUUUCACUUAUUUGUGAAGGCAUGUCAUCAUCAUCAUGGACAAGCAAAAGAAAAUCUGCGCAGGCCAUAUGUAGGCUUAGUGAAGUUUUGGGUGAAUCUCUUUCUUCUCACCAUGAAGUUCUGCUUCAGUCUCUCAUGAAGGAAAUUCCUGGUCGCCAAUGGGAGGGAAAAGAUGUGCUAUUGCUUGCAUUAGGUGCUCUAUCUACAUCCUGCCAUGAAGCAAUUUCUGCCCAAGGUUCUGCCUCUUCCAUUGCCAUUCUGAAUUUGGUAUUGUCUGCAUGCACCAGAAAGGGGAAAAAGUACCGGGAAGCAGCAUUUUCCUCUCUUGAACAGGUUAUAAAAGCCUUUGGCAAUCCAGAGUUCUUUAAUAUGGUUUUUCCAUUGUUGUUUGAUCUAUGCAAUUCAGAGCCCUUAAAGUCUGGGCAAGCACCUUUGGUUGGUGAUAUUGCUAAAGCAGAGUUGGACAGCGCCGAAGAGAUUUUUGUUCCUCAUAACAAAAUUGUAGACUGUUUAACCUCUUGUAUCCAUGUAGCACAUAUAAAUGAUAUUCUUGAAAAGCAAAAGAGCUUAAUGCACAUGUUUGCAGCCUUCCUAUUACCUGAACAUAAAUGGACAGUCAAAACUACGGCCUUUUUAUCCAUCAAAGAACUUUGCUCGAGGCUCCACAAUGUUAAAAAGGACUCCCACGGAAGUGAUGAACUUGCCAGCGUAAAUUCCCUUGUUCAGGAGAUGUUUCAUGCUAUAUCACCAAAGGUACUACAUUGCAUAAGCACAGUAAAAAUUGCGCAGGUUCAUGUUUCUGCUUCGGAGUGCCUUCUGGAAGUCAUCAAACUUUCCAUGGACGUGCCUGUGGUUAGUUCCAUAAAUGAAGGAUUCAAGGAUGAGCUCCUUCAUCAGUAUGAGAUAGAGAAGAACGAAGAGGCGAAGUCUUUGUUGAGAAAGUGUGUCAACAUUCUUCAAGACUGGAAACAAUAAAUUGUACGAGCUAUAAUCCUUGUUUAAGAAAUUUUGGGAGGAUGAAACGUUUAACAAGCUGAUAAAUUGCUAUACCUCGUGCUUGUUAAUAGGUGUUUAAUGUAAUGGCUAGGGUAAACAGGUCAUGUUCAACAAUUGUGAUGAUAUAUUUAGAUGGUAGAAACUCUUUUUCUUGUCAUGUUCUUCCAUAUAUU